GUCCUAAAUUUCGUUAAUUUUAAAUGAACCAUCGCGGAAUGCAGCCAAAAUAUUAACAGUUCCUUAUAAGAAGGUCUGAGAACUAUUCCAGCGUACAUUCCUGUACGGAGAGUUAAAAAAAAUGAACGUGUUCAGAUGUCAAUUGAAAUUGGAUGAAAUUUUGUUACUUGUGUUACAGAUAACUUUAAUCACACAAAGCAGUUCUCAAGGUUGCAAAAAUAUGGCUUUUCUGCAACACAAGCCUGGAAGMUAUCUUCGUAACCACGUGAUUCAGACAGUCACUACUACAUCGCAGACUAUGUGUAGAAUCACUUGUUAYCUCAGUGACUCUUGUGUUUCUUAUAACUUCCAUGAGAGUACUGGUACGUGCGAUAUCAAUGAUUCAGAUGCAUUCCAACACCCUGAAGACCUGAUUACCAGACCUGGCUAUGUCUACCAUGGUACAGAGAACGUUUGUAAGAACAAGCCGUGUCCUGCUAACAGUACUUGCAGAGCUGACUUCACGUACGAUGGAGGCUUUAGCUGUUUGUGCCGAAGCGGCUAUACAGGGUCAAGUUGUAGUGAAGAUAUUGAUGAAUGUGCAUCGGGGACUCACAACUGUUCAGCGUACAGCAGGUGUCAGAACACUGAAGGAUCAUUUUACUGUAUAAAGCUGGUCCUGGGUAGCAAAGAACGCCCUGCCAAGUCCUGCUUAGACAUUCUGACCAAUGGCUUUUCAAAUGGAUCUGGUGUUUACUUACUCGAUCCGGCCAACACAGGGAACCCAAUCGAAGCAUACUGUGACAUGACAACUAAUGGAGGUGGCUGGACYAAAAUCAAACGACUCUAUUUGGAAAGCCCUUCUUUACCACAAAAUCAGGGGUACAACAAUUAUCGUAUCAUUGGCCAGUACAACAACAACAACAGAAGUAUCAUCCCAACUUCAAAGGCUUUGCUGGAUAUUCACCAAAAGAUGGGGUUCCAUCAAAUCCAUUUCUAUUGUUACAAGAAAUCAGUAGGUAGAGUCGUGAGCAUCAUGACCAAGAACGAUACCGCUGGCCAAGAUGUUAUACAUUUUUUCACGACUCGAGAGGUCUCAGUUUUCCCCACUGCAUGUGGCUCGUUUGAUCGACUGCCCGAGGACACGUCUAUUCUGGCCCAAAACUGUUCCCUUUGGGGUGAAAUAAACAGCACUACCAUUCAAGUCGACAAAUGGGGUAAUUACGGUUACCGCCAUGGGCAACGAAUUAAUAAUUACCCAUUUGGAAUUGAGGGGGACAAUAAGCAUUUAUUUUCAUGUCAUAGUCAAGGUCCCUCUAACAUGAGGGGCGCGUGUGAUGAUAGUGGUAGUCCAUUGAAAAUAAACGACACUUGGCAAAUUGCAGUUCGUUAAAAUCACGUGGAAAACGAUGAGGUUCAUCAGUUUAUUAAUGCAAAAUCUUUUACAUACCCUCUUGAAACAAAGUAUAUUAUCAUUCAAAUUAUUUGUCUGCCGUUUUGAUUGGCCGAGAUAACUGCUAAUGGCUACCUACAAAUGGUAGUCUCCUUAUGCGCAGUAACGAUGCAUUUCUCAACAUGACUCGCUUCACUGUAAUUUGCUAUGCAUUACAAUUAUGCGCUCAGAGCCCAAUUUCCUUUUGGCCAGCACCGAGAAACGAGGGGGAGGCUCUGGUUGCGGCCAAUUUUGGAGCCAAAGUCUUUGUUUUAAAAGUUUGUCUGCAAAUCGAUAUCCCCCAAGACUUUUUUUAUUUAAAAAAAAUGGUCAUGUAUUGUGAGGGUUGUGAUCACCACAAAUUAAUGUCUUUGCAUGUUCCUUUUUUUUUUUUUUUUUGCAAAUUGAAUUAAAAUUUAACGACAAGGCAAAAGUUGUAAUCUGUAAAUUAUAAAUCAGGUGGUAAUAAAGAUAUAUCUAAGUUUCCAAA